AUGGCAACCCUGAUCAAAUUCGACCUGAUCAACCUCAGCCAAUCACAACGCAGAUUCGACCCGAUCAGCCUAAUUCGGAUUAUCGUCGUCCAUGUAAACGUACUGAGUGUCACUUCAGCCAACUCGGCUCGCCGCAAGGCCAUGGUGAACCGGGAGAAACGCUUCACCUUCGUACUGGCGGUGGUAAUCGGCGUGUUCGUCGUCUGCUGGUUCCCUUUCUUCUUUUCCUACAGCCUGCAAGCCGUGUGUCCCGAAACGUGCACGCUUCCCAAGCCGGUCUUUACGUUCUUCUUCUGGAUCGGCUACUGCAACAGCUGCCUCAACCCCGUCAUCUACACCAUUUUCAACAAGGACUUCCGCAGAGCCUUCAAGAAGAUUCUUUGCAAAAACACCAAGGGUACGUUCUUUUAAUGCGCAUCUGGUGGAGAAAAAAAAACAACCCCAAACUAUUUAAAAUAGAGAAAAAGCACAACUUCUUUGUAAGAGUGUAAAUAAGAGGCUCUUUGUAUAGCUGCGCGAUGACGAAGCACAUUAUAUUGUUUUUGAUAAAUGUUGGUCGACAGAGUCAGACUGUGAAUUCAUGCGGACUCUUGCGGGUUUACAGUAUUCCACUGCUCCUGCCACAAAUGCACAAUGGACAGCAGAGGGUGAACAUGAUUUCAU